GUAAAUCUAAAUCUAAUUGAUUUUGUAUAUCAAAUUUAACAACGCAAUUUUAAGAAGAAUUUUUUUUGUUAAUUUACGUAAAAAAAAGGUUAAAUUAUGCAAGAUCAUUUUAUUCAGCGAUAAAACAAUGACACGUUUUGAUCGCGGACAGAAAUCUAGUUAUACUUAUUGCAGAAGGUACUUGCGAAACGUAUAAUACGCGGCAUAGUAUAUAUUGUCGAAAUCUCUAAAGAAAUCAAUCUAUGUCACAAAACAGUGCGAGAGUAAUAUUAAAGUCUUUACUUUUCAUUUAUAUUUUUAAGUAAAUUUUAAUUUAGAAAAAUGAAGUUUAUUUUACAAAAUUUUAGUGAAUCAUUAAUAAUUUUUAUAUGGUCGCUAUUAAUGAUUAAUUGGGUUUCUUCAAAGCCUGUAAUUAACAAUAAAUAUACCAUAGACAGUGAAAUCGCAAAAAUUGAAACUCUUCAACGAAAAACUCGUCAUAUUGUACCGUCUAAUACAGCUAGUGAAGUUUAUGAUCUUCUUGUCGCUGGAAACGAACAUCAAACAAACCAUGGAAAUGGGAACAUUAACGCUGACAAAUCUGGUUUAAAUAAAGAGCAAGGAUUCUUCAAAACUUAUCACAGUGACGCUGACAGAUUAAAGGAUUACGUAAAUGAAACAUUUAACAAUGCUGAUCAUGGAUAUAGGAAACAUGACAAAUUUAACAAACAUAACAAAGAUAAUUAUGCAUUGAAAAAAUAUGCUACAUUUGGUCGUGGUAAAGAUGGAAAGAAAGAAAAUUAUUUGGAUAAAAAGGAUGCCAGACUAGCUAAACAAAACGAUCAUGAAGGAUCCGGUACCAGCAUUGAAUCACAUUACAUUGGUGACAGUGAAAGUUAUUUAGACGGUGAUGACGGUGAAUAUUACUCAGGCGAUGACAGUGAACACUACGGAGAAAGUGAGAAAACACGGAUUUGACUCGCGGGAGAAAUAUAAAUUAAGAGAUCAUAAUUACAGUCAAGGAUGGGGAAAUGAAAGAAAAGAUUGCUAGACGACUAUUUAUGUGCGAGCAAUUAAAAGCGAGGAAAUAAUAUGACUGAUCAAAUUUACCAGAAUACAAUUUUUAUUAUCGGCGAUCUUAAUAAUUAAUCCAAAAGGAAGUUUAGCGCACAAAAUAACAAUAGUAAAAUAUACACAGCGAUUUAUUGAAAUAUUUUUUAAUUACACACAUAAAUAUCUUCAAUUACAUAUAAUAAUUAUAUUAUGGUGCAGUAUGUGAUCAAGAAACGAAACGACGAAACUCUCUGACGACUUCUCGGCAACAGGUCUCCGGCGUGGUUUUGUCGUCUGCUACUUUAGUUCAUAUGCGCGCCAGUGGGCGAGCGAGAUUCAAUUUGAAUUAACAAAUAUAAUGAUAGAGUAAAAACUAUUUAAGGCUCACAGAAAACGAAACAUUCAAUUUAAUUAAAGAAAAUAAAAACGAUUAUGAUCGCUAUAAUAUUGUUGAUGACUAAUACCAAAUUACAUAGAAACUCCGGAUUCAUUUUAGAUUAAGUUUUUUGAUCGACCUAGAAUUGAAUUAUUACGGACUAAUUUCAUAUAUGUUACGGACUUAUUAGCCUCAAUUUUUUAAAAAGAAAUUUAUUAACAAAUAAUU